AUGGCAGCAGCAAGUUUAUCUCUGUCCUCCUCGGGCUUUGUUCUCAUUAUAAAGGGCCGAGUAACGACUUUUUCAUUGCUAUCACCAUCAUCCUUUAAAGAAAACAUGAAAUUAAACAUCAUACAUACAGUUGAUUUAAAUGGGCAACUACGCAUUUUGAGCAGGGAGUGGUUUGAACCUCCACUCUUGAAGGACGGGAUGGUCCUCAAUGGAGUAGUAGACCGCGGCUUGAAUAGUUUGCACAGGGCCACCAUCUUCCUCGGCAGUCAAAGUCAAGAAGUACACCCCGGGCCUGGUCAGGACACGGACAGCCCUCUCGACUUUCACAAGCUUAUAUCUGUGACCCUGUUGUAA